AUGCAGAGCUCAGAACGAGACCUAUCAUCUGGGGCGAGGCAUACAAAGAGUGGCAAACAGACUCAUACGAACUUUUCUCCCAUUCCGCAACCUGGAGUUGUGCCAAGGCUCCGAAAAAGCCAUAGAGACAACAACACUGUUUAUAAGGGCAGCGGUGUCCCCCCCUUCUGCUGUUUUCCUCGUGGCGAGUCUAGAUAUAUGGCCGAUAUGCAAGGACGGGCACGCGUGCAAGUCCCCAAAGGGUAG